CACGGCGCUGUGCAAAGGACUACAAUUCCCAGCACCCUCUUCGGGUUAGAGAGCAGGUUGGAGGAAGUGAAGCGGCCUUUUGGGUUGUGUUAUAAAUUCACAAUGUUUGGGGAUUUAUUUGAUGAAGACUUCUCCUUUUUGUCAAACAAUCAAUGUGGCAAGCCCAAGUCCAAACUCAAAGAUGCUGAGUUACCUGUUCCUCGGGAAAACACAAAUUUAAGUGGAAUAAAAAAUCAGGGUGGAACCUGUUACCUGAAUUCACUUCUUCAGACCUUGCUCUUUACACCCGAAUUUAGAGAAGCACUCUUUUCCAUAGGCCCUGACGAACUUGGAUCUUUGGAGGACAACAAUAAGCCUGAAUCAAAGGUUCGAAUCAUUCCAUUACAGCUCCAACGCUUGUUUGCCCAGCUUUUGCUUCUAGAGCAGCAUGCUGCCUCAACGACUGACCUCACUGACAGCUUUGGAUGGAAAAGUGAUGAGGAAAUGAGACAACAUGAUGUGCAGGAGUUAAAUCGGAUUCUAUUCAGUGCUUUAGAAACUUCCCUUGUUGGGACUUCUGGCCAUAAUCUUAUAAAACAGCUAUACCAUGGGACUGUUGUUAAUCAUAUUGUCUGUAAAGAGUGCAAGAAUGUUAGUGAGAGACAGGAGGAUUUCUUGGACCUAACAGUUGCUGUCAAAGAUGUAUCUGGUUUGGAGGAAGCCUUGUGGAACAUGUAUGUGGAAGAAGAACAUUUUGAGAAAGAUAACUUAUAUCGAUGUGGAGCAUGCAAUAAAUUGGUUGAAGCUACAAAGUCUGCUAAACUACGCAAGUUGCCUCCAUUUCUCACAGUCUCCCUCUUGAGAUUUAACUUCAGUUUCGAGAAGUGUGAACGAUACAAGGAAACAGGCAGCUACACAUUUCCAAUCCGGAUAAACCUCAAGCCUUUUUGUGAGCAGACUGAGCUGGAUGAUUUGGAAUACAUGUAUGAACUUUUUUCUGUUAUAAUACACAAAGGUGGCUGCUAUGGAGGACAUUAUCAUGUUUACAUCAGAGAUAUCGAUGAAUUGGGAAACUGGCAGGUGCUAGAGGAGGAAGGCAACAUGAAUGACGAAGAUAAGGAUAAGGAUACUGAAAAUGCCAAAGAGAAGGAAAAUCCAUUACGAGACCUGAAAAACAUCUUAAUGGAGGAAGAGUCUAAGGAAAUUGCUGUGGAUCGGUUGGCACAGAAACUUUUGGAGAAAAAAAGUGUGUCCUGGAAUAAGAGAUACCGUAAGCAGCAUGGACCGAUACGGAAGUUUUUGCAGAGUCAUUCUCAAACAUUUCUUCUAAGUUCUGAUGAAAGCAGAGUUAAGCUGAAUGACCAAAGCCAUAAACUCCAUUUUGGAUCAAUGUCCCGAAGCCACCCUCAGAAUGGUGAUGUGAAGAUGUCAUCAGAAAAAGUAACAACAGGUUUAAGGGAAUACUCAUCUGAAUCCCAUUGGUUUGAUUUGAAUGACUCCAAAGUUCAGCCCAUCAGAGAAAGAGAAAUUGAGAAGCAGUUUCAGGGUAAUGAGAGUGCCUACAUGUUGUUCUAUCGAAAAUCCCAAAUGACAAGACCAUCUGAAGAUCCUUUUGACACAGCUCGAGGAAAUCCAAGAUACCGGGUCCCCAGCCACCUCUUGAAGGAAAUGGAUGCUGCUAACAUCAGACUGCAAAAGAAGAGGGCAGAAUGUGACUUGGCAGACAAUAAUAUUGAUUUACAUCUCCAUGUAUAUUCUCACUAUAAAUUUUGCAAUGGAGCUCUGCACCCAUUACUUUCCCAGAAGGAAAGUGUUUUAGAUCUUACCACUGAUAAGAGAAAAACACUGGGAGAACUUCGUCAAUCGGUAUUCCAGUUGUUGGCAUUUUGGGAAGGAAACUUGGUUCUCAGCCUUGCAAAGCCUCUACCAGCUGGACUGCACAUAUACCAAACACUUGAAGGGGAUGAUUCUACCUUGAGUGGCAUUGGACUUUUUGAUGGAGCUGAUAUAUUUGUGUGGAAUGGAAAGGAGGUUGAUGGAGUGGAAGUUCAAACUAGCAUUGACCAUGAACCUAUUAUUAUAAAUGUUCUUCGUUUAGCUGGACAUAAUGAAGGGCGAAUGGGACAACAGUUUGUGGAAUCCCAGCAUGUAUUUUCAUGUAGUUCAAACCUGCGAACUGUUUGUGAAGCUUUAAUGUCACCCAAAGGGAUUGUCUUAAAGAACCAUUCACAGUGUGAGAGAGAAUCUGAGAACUGGAAAGUCAUUCCUGAAGAGGAUAUGAAAAAGACACUCAGAAAUAUUGGCCUCAGUGAUGGAAGCUCAAUACUAGUUUUAGGCAGCCAUGACCAAAGCAUGGUGAAUGUGGCAGGCGGCAAUUUGACUGCUUUUACGCAUGAUAUCAGCUGGUUACAAGUAACAAAUUUCUGUAGAUUGGAGGCUGAAGAGAUGCAAGUUAAAAUUACUGCAACUAUUGAAACAGUGAUGGCAGAUAUCAGAAUUAAAGCAAUAGAGGAAAUGCAGUUGGACAAGGAGCUAGUGAACAAUAGCUGUCUCAGACCUAUUAGCAGAAAUGGAAAACUUCUUUGUCCAGUGCCUGAGGAUUAUACUGUUAAAGAAGCAGAGCUGAAAAUGGGAAGCCUGCUAGGACUGUGCUCUGGAAAAGCUCCAACAGCCACACAGCUUUUUCUGUAUUACAUUGUGGGCCAUGAGCUUCAGUCUAGUCGAGAGAUGGAGAUAGUGGUAGAAGAAACUACAACUGUAAGAGAGUGUUUAAAUUUAAUGCUGAAGAAAUUGGAUAUAGCAGGCGACAGCUGGCAUUUGAGAAAGAUUGACUGGUGUUAUGAAGCUGGAGAUGCAUUACAUGAGGAAGGUGCAACACUAAAAGAACUUAAUAUCUGCAGCGGAGAGAUAUUGAAUGUUGCCGAGGGGAAGCUUCCACCAAAGGGUUUCCUGAAAGUGCCUGUUUGGUGGUACAAAUCCUUGUCUCAGUUGAGGCACAAAAGUAACAUGCAAGACCAAGUGAACUCUGUCAGCAAAAAAAUGGGAGCUCUGGGACUGUCAGCAUCUGGGGAUUCACCAACAUGUCUCCAAAGUGAAGCUGACCUAUGUUAUGUGGGUGAUAUAGAAAUCUCAGGAGAAGCUUUCCUGGAAGACCUAAAGAUGCAGGUAAUGACUUUGCCAUUCUUUCAAGAGUUUAGUAUUCCAUUGCCAGAGUUUCUCCGAGUUUGGACAGUGGAAAAUAAACAUCCAUGCAGACUUUUACGAAACAACAAGCAGCAACUCCAUAAACUCAAACUAGGAAACAGAGUGGAAAUUUGUAUAGAGCCUUUACAUAAGAGAGAGGACCUUGGACCAAAAGAUUUGCUUCUGCGGGUGCAGAUGGGCAUACCAGGGGAAAGAGAUUAUUACCAUCCUGUGGAUUUGGUAUGGGAUAUCUCUAAAGAGUAUACAGCAUACGCAUUGAGACAAAGAAUUGCUUCAUAUUAUUCCUUGCCAGUUGAGAGAAUUGAAAUUGCUAAAUAUUCUCCUGGGAAAUUCGAAUGGAUGCCAGUAUGUAGUUGGACACAGCAAGUUUCAAAGCGAAGAAAGAAGAAGAAAAGUGACAGUCUACAGUUAAGCUCCUACUGUCUCAAGGAUGGAGACAUUAUAGGUGUGAAGAAUCUCCUACUUGAUGACAGUAAGGAUUUCAGUACCAUGAAAGAUGAUAUUGGAAAACAAAUGCAGAAGCAACAUUACGUGGAAAAAACUAGUAGCCAGCAGGCUGUAUGUGUACAGAGUGAUCAUCUGUCUGGAAAAAAGGUGGCCAAGAAUCGUAAACCUGAAGCAUCACUGUCCAUCAGUGUUGGGGUUUUCAGCUGACUCACUUGGACUAAUCAAACCUUGUCAGUAUCUUACUGAAUAGAAUGGAAUUGCCUCGGUUCACCUAGCCAAGGAACAGUCUUCCCUGAGAUGUGUGCCUGUAUAUUUGAUGCCACAACUGGCUAUGGAUUAGAAGAUGGCUGGGGUGCUCUCUCUAUAUCCUAUUGUGGGGAAGUGCUUUAAUUCUAUUACAGUUUCAGCACUUACUCUUGGGGGUGGGUAUCUGCACUUUAGUAAUGAGAACAAUAUGAGUAACUUAAUCUCUCAAUUGUUUUGCAAUAAUCAUAUGUUUGAAUCUGAUUGUAUGCUGUAUUAUCACUACAAAGAUUGUUGUUCCCCUGAUGGAUUAAUGUACAGUAGAGCAGCAUGAGAGCUGCUUCUUGUAUUUUGGAGAUGUGGGGUGCUUCUGCUGCAGCAUUGCUCCCAUGUUUGAAUGCCACAAAAUACUUCUAAAAAUUCUAGCCUGAAAAAUUAACAUGUGCAGCUAAUUAGAAAGGAAACUGUUGUCACCCAUGGGAGUGACUCUUCACACAAAAUGUGAGGAUUAUUAGCUGAAUUUAAUUUUGAGUUCCCCUCUCAUUUCAUUGCUCUUAGUUGUUUAGGGUUUGAAAUUUUGUGAGCUGAGUGACAAAUAAUUAUGUGCUUCACGAAAUCCUAAUGUAAAAUUUCAACACAUAAUUUUCUGUGCUGUAAUUUGGUCAUUAAGUAUCAAUUCUUUUUUUUACAAUAAUUUUUAUUCAAAUUUUCAUAAAACAAACAAAACAAAAUCAAAAAACAUAACAAUAAAAAUAAAAAUAAAAACAUUGACUUCCGAUUUGUCACAGAUCAGCUAUAAAUAUAUAAUAUAUAUCAAACCUGUCCCUUAAUACAUACAAAAUCAUUUUUUCUCCAUAGUCUAUCUUAAUUAAUCGUCAAAUCCCAUUAUCAUCAUUUCAUUUUUAUCUUUCAACAAAAAGUCUAAGAGAGGCUGGUCAUUAAGUAUCAAUUCAAAACUUUAUUAACUAACAAAUUCAAUCCAGUUUGUCUUUUGGUAUGCCACAAUUCACAUGGUCAAUCUAAAAGACAAUAUGAAAUAUAAAAAGACGAAUAGCUAUAGCCUAUGGCUUGGAUCCAAAGAUCCCACUAUGUAAGUGGAAGACUAGAAUGCGCACGUGUAUGUACGUAUUGCAGAUUCCCUUGCCCUCUUAUUCUUGAUUGCCAUAUAUUUUGGCUGGGUUCAAAAUACACCAGCCCAAACUUCUCUCUAUGCACAGUGGGCUGAGUGAGAUUAUGCCUUUUCACUCCCUCACUAGACAUGCUUGUCCCACCAGAUAUCCACAUGUGGGAGUAAUGUUUGAAUAUGGCUUAAGUGCGCAGAGUAUAAUUGGUAUGCCAGAUAUAAUCUGGAAAUGGACUGUAUAUAAUGGCCCUACACACAUUCAUAUACACCCUACUCAAAGAUUACACUCACAUUUAGGCAGCUGCUGACUGGGAUUAGGUGUAUUGUGUGGGUGCUGAGGGGAAAUACACUGUUGCUUUUCCCGCCACACAAGAGAAACUAGAGGAGAGUAUUGUCCAAACUGGGCCUUUGUGGGAUUAGAUUUGUUCUGCCAAAGUUCAGUACAAUCCUACAUAAAUAUGAACUUCAGAAUGGUGGUGUACUGCUGAAGUGAACGAUUAGAGAUUUAAAAAAUUGGGGGAGGGGAGCUAAUAGUAAAUGCCAGGACGUCUGCUGACUUUUGUCAGAAAUUCCUGUCAGGCAGCAAGUUUCCUAAUAAUAUUUCUACAUUAUUUCUACAUUAUCCUGAAUGAACAGAAGCCACCAGGAUAUAGGUGCAUAUACAUUAUAGAGACUUUUCUCCUAGAGUUCCCACACAAUCUUGGACAACAUGUAUUUCACUGUUCAUUUUUAAAGUGAUUUAGAAAAAUGGACUGUUCGAAAAAGUGAUUUUGUGUCAAUUGCCCUCCAUAGCUUAUUUCCUCAAAGUAUUUCUCCCAAUACAUGUACAUUUUGACCAUAGUUUGAACUCCAGCUGAUAGAUGGUUUAACCUUAAAAAUGGUAUUGGGAUAAAUAUGUUGGAAAAUGGUCUGUGGAAGGAGGGCUACUGAAAGUGUAAAUAGAAGUAAUGAAUGACAUGGGGGAAGACAGAAAGAACUGGUAAUGGGCAAGAAGAGGCAGGUAGGUGUUAGUGCAAACAAACCUUAUUAUCAAGGUUUCACUUUACUGACUGAGGGAAAGAUAUAACUGUUUGCAAUUUAUUCCUGUACAUAGGGAUUUUGCUGUCUUUUUGGUGAUUUUGCUGUUUGUGUUCUUAAUUGAAGCAUGCAGCUUGGAAGGAAUUUUAUCACCUAGUAGAUGCUAUGUACUGGCAUAGGAUUCUUUAGAACCAAUUAUUCUAACUGCCUAACUUGUAUCUUAAAAGAGAUAUAGUGUGCUGUAUGAAGGACGGUACAAGUAAGUUUAAUAGCCAAAUGGUACAAUCACAUCUGGGAGAAAAUCUUUCUUAAUCAUUAAUUAAGUGAUCACUUGGAAUUUGAGUGAAUUCUGUAUGUUCAGCACCUGACUGUUCAUCUCCUACUAUGGAACCCUGAUCUCUUACACAGAAGAUGCACCCAAGAUGUAGAAAAAUGCUGCUAGUUGAAGAAUCUGGUAAUACCCCUCAUAAAAGGUUCCUUUGAGAUUUUUGAUUUUCUUAAAAAGAAUAAUGAAGUUAUUUACUGAACAUGAGGCUCAGAAAUUUUUAUAUUAAAAAAAAGGAAGUGUGUGCCUUUAAUAAAAGUAAUGCAGCAAUUGCUGCAAGAAGCCAAUACCAAGUUGUUUGUGAUGUUGGCUUGAUUAUUUUGUUAUAAAAUUAUGGGACAUUCCACAUUUGAACAUUUUAUAUAAUGGAAUGUCCAGGGUUCCACACUUCUGCUUGUAUUACAAUACAAGUAAUUUUUUAUAGUUCAAGUCUCUCUUGUACUCGCAAAAAGAAUAAAAAGAUUAAAUGUUUUAUUUGUAUUGCAUUUAUAACAAGAUCUUUUAAAUAGUUUAAUAACUUAUCGGUUGAACAAUUUAUUUAAAAGUGAAGUGUUUGCAAAAGAAACCCCAAAGGUUGGCAGAAUCCCACUUUUGAAGUGCUAUUAAUCAAAAAGUAAACACACAAUAUUAGUAUUGUGUUGUGGUAAAUGGUAUCACGUUAUGCUUAUGGUCUCCAGAAAUAUAGAACUGACACAAGACCUCAGACAUUCGCCUAUGAUUAAUAUACAUGCAUACUACACCACCGUAUCUAGCUAGAAAUGCAAAUCAUGUAGCCAGAAAUAUAGAGAAAAUAAGCUCAAGUACACCAAUGAAUCCUAAUUUUUCAAAACAAAGGGAUUGGAGGAGGCUAUGUUAAGUACUUUUAUUGUACUGUACAAGGGGUUUUUGUGUUAGGGCCAGAGAAAUAAUACAUGCAUAUUGGUAGCAGAUUAGUACCGUUAUCAUGUUUUUAUUUUCUAAUCUGAUUUGGACCAGACUGUGUAAUAGUUUUGCCAUGUGAUUGUCUAAUCUGGA